AUGUCGGGGAAGAAAUUGUAUGUCUCGCCGGUGGAGGAGAGGUUAAGCCUCAGUGUUGUGGAGAGCGUGUGGCUGGUCGAGCAGAACAGUGGCCGUGAUGAAGCCUGCUUAAACUUACGUGAGUUUAAAUUUGCUCAGACAUUGAUUUUUGCCAUUGAGGAGAUUAACAACAGCACACAGUUGUUGCCUGGUAUUUCUUUGGGCUAUAAGAUAUAUGACUCAUGUCGCUCUAUCGCUCAAACAAUCCUCUCAGGCAUGGCUUUAAUGAACGGUUAUGAAGACACUUUGAGUGAUACAUCCUGCCCUAGACCACCAGCUACUCAUGCAAUUGUUGGAGAGUCAACAUCCUCACCCACCAUUGGCUUGGCAUCUGUAGUUGGUCCAUUCAAGUUACCUGUUAUCAGUCAUUUUGCCACAUGUGCAUGCCUGAGUGACAGAAAAAGGUAUCCAUCCUUCUUCAGAACAAUACCCAGUGAUUAUUACCAAAGCAGAGCACUGGCUCAGCUUGUCAAGCACUUUGGCUGGACCUGGGUUGGGACAGUCAGGAGUCGCAAUGACUAUGGUAAUAAUGGAAUUGCAGCAUUUGAGGAGGCUGCAAAAGAAGAAGGGGUCUGUAUUGAAUACUCAGAGGCCAUAUUAAGCAGUGAUCCACAAGAAAAGUUUCUAAAGACACUGGAAGUGAUCAAAAAGGGCACCGCCAGGGUUGUGCUAGCUUUUAUGGCAUUAGGAGAUUUUCUCCCCCUCCUGAAAGUAAUUUCGCAACACAAUAUCACAGGGAUACAGUGGGUUGGCAGUGAAUCCUGGAUCACUUCUCGAACUCUUGCAGAAACAAAGGAAUACCGUUUCCUUUCUGGAGCUGUGGGUUUUGCUAUAGCAAAUGCCAAACUUAUGGGCCUGCAAGAGUUCCUAGUGAAUGUGCACCCUGAUCAAGAACCAAACAAUGUACUUUUAAAAGAAUUUUGGGAAAUAGUUUUUCAGUGCUCAUUCAGGAACAUUGGCAGUGAUGGCUGUACUGGUUCAGAGAGACUUGCAGAGCUGCAGAAUGAAUAUACUGACAUAUCAGAGCUACGAAUAGUAAAUAAGGUGUACACUGCAGUGUAUGCUGUCGCAAAUACACUUCAAAAUGUAUUAAAAGACUUCAGAUCCUCCACCAACAGCAGCAAAAGAGGAUGGCCCACACCACAAAUGGUGUUGAAGUAUAUGAGGGAUGUGAGAUUCACUGUUAAAACAGGUGAAGAAAUCUUUUUUGAUGAAAGUGGUGAUCCAGUAGCACGAUAUGACCUUGUUAACUGGCAGCCUGCUGAGGAUGGAAGUCUGCAGUUUGAGCAUGUGGGCCUCUAUGACAGCUCACUGCCUUCACAACAACGUCUUCAAGUCAAUCAGGAACACAUACUAUGGGUAGAGAAACGUGGACAGUUGCCUGUGUCCGUGUGCAGUGAGAGCUGCCGCCCUGGCACUAGGAAGGCUGUGCAAAAAGGACGACCUGUUUGCUGUUAUGACUGUAUUCCAUGUGCAGAGGGAGAAAUCAGUAAUGGCACAGAUUCUAGUGACUGCUUUCCAUGUGAUUUGGAGUACUGGUCGAAUGAAAGGAAAGACGGAUGUGUAUUAAAAGUUGUUGAAUUCCUUUACUAUACAGAAAUCAUGGGGGUGGUGUUUUGUAUUUUCUCCUUCAUUGGAGUGUUAUUAACAGCAAUGGUAUAUUUUCUGUUUUACCUUCAUAAAGAAACAUCUAUUGUAAGAGCCAACAACUCAGACAAAAAAAAA